CUUUCACAGGAGGACGAGGACGACGAUGCUAGUACUUACAACAAGACUAAACAAUAUCAAAAAUACGUUGACUCAUCAUGGAGUAGAUUCCUAGAACUAGAUCAUAGGUUGAGCAGUUUAAAGGAAAAAAUUAUGACCCCUACAACACCGAAGAAAAUAAGAUCAUCAUGAUAGAAAUAGACGGCUACAUCGGUGGCGGCCAGAUUCUUCGUAAUGCAGUCGCCAUCGCGGCGGUCACCUGCAGGCCUGUGAGGAUAGUAAGUAUACGACACUGCAGACCCAAACCUGGCCUCCAAGCCCAACAUCUUGCAGCCGUCAAAUUGGUCGCACGCAUCGUUGCGAAAGCUAACGAAGCGAUGAUAACUGGGAAUAUUAAAAACGGCUCAGAACCAGAAGCUGUUGUACUACAGCUACCUGGAGAUGAUGGAGACGACCACGACGCAUCUCGUUUAGGCUUGAAGGGUGCGUUCGUGGGCAGCUGUGAGCUGGAGUAUGUCCCGAAGAAAGCGAGAAACGCCAGCGGCAAACGACGACGGCCUCAAAUCAUAGACGCAGAUUGCGGAACUGCUGGAUCCAUAUCUUUGAUGCUACAGGCUUCUUUUAUACCACUGCGAGUAUUGCUUGGACACGGACAGAGCAACUUCUCUGGAAGAACCACGACUGCAGGUCGUGCAAGUGCAGUAGCAAGUAGAGCAACGAAGGUUAAUUUCACUGGUGGCACAGAUGUGGCCUUUUCGCCGCCCUGUGGGUAUGUCACUGAUAUUUUCGAACCUAUAGUUGCGAAAUUGUUUGGGCCCACACUGUUUCGAAUGUCGAUGUCUUCAGAACAAGAUGGAGAUCACCCGAGCCCGAAACGUCAAGGCCUGUUGGACAUCCGUAGACGCGGAUUCCACCCUAGGUUAAGGCUACUUACCCCUAUAGACCAGCAUAAGAGAUUGAAUCUCUAGAUAAUAAAUUCUAGUCCAGGUAGUUUUUCAUUAUACCUAAGUAGCGUCAAAAAUAAAAACUAGAGACGACUUGAGGGAUCUUCAUCCCUAUCCUCACUUAAGAGUAGAAAGCAGACUCCUCAGAAGAUCCCUCAAGGCAGCAUAUGCACUCCAAUACAAGGAAGAAAAUUCUCUUGACGCAUAUUUUUUAUGCUUGGGGGAUUUUUUACACAGCAGGGAAGGGAUGAAUAAGAAUACUAGGGGACGAGAGGUCCACCUCUAACUAGGGGUGGCGGGCGAGCAGAGAUUGAAGCAUGCUGUACUUCUUCUAGCAAAGAUGAGGGGACGUCCUCGGAAGACAAAGAUGAAAAUGAAAGACUAGCAGGAGACGGUGAAUUUCGUUUACCUUCAUUUACAUGGACUCGGAGAGGAUGUGAAGAGGAAGGGGUUGAUGCGAUGAACAAAAAACUCACCGAUUAUUGGACGGUAGCUGAAGUCAAGGUUUCAAUUUUUGGUGAUUAUCCGAGGAAUGAAGUGGAGGAGUCUGCUUUCUACUCUCCCGGGCCUGAUUCGUCUUUACCGUCUAGUUUGCGAAAAGCUCUUUCAGGAGUCAAAAUGAACAUCGACGAACAGAAGGUGCUAUACACUUGUAAAACGGAUGGAGCUGGUGUGGCUAAUGUGUCCAGCAGAAACGCAGGCUUCAUACAGUUUGGAGUGAAUAUCCUGUGCCGCACAAAAGCAGGCACAUUAUUCUACGGUGCAGCAACGACGGAAAAAAACAAGGGUGGUGGAAAGGGCUCGAGUAAAGGAAACAAUUCUUAUGGUGAUUGUGAUUGUUUUGUGGUUUCUUACAAAGGAUCUUAAAAAUCUUUAGUUUUCAAAACUUUCGCUUUCCAAAGCAGAAUUCACACGCACUGGUGCAUAUUAUAAAUAAUUCUGUUUACACUCACAUACAGCAGGUGCAGGUACGUUAAGAAUCGGUACUGUAAGUAUCAUCUUUCCCUGCUAGGUUUCCUGCUAAGGGAAAGAUGAUACUUACAGUACCGAUUCUUAAUUUUGAAUAAUAUAAUAUACCCCAGGUGCGUCUCCUCGACGCGAAGAAGGGAGAGAAGGUUAUUGUCGCAACCGAUGGGGUAUGGGACGUUUUUGAGGAGGGAAAGGAAAUCUUACCCUACGUGUCCGAAGCCUCAAAUAUUUGUGAAGAAGCGAAGAAUCGGUACUGUAAGUAUCAUCUUUUCCCUCUAACGCCCCAAGCGCAUGAAAAAGAACGAACCCUCUUCCAGCGGACUCCUUGAUGGCGUGUUUGCUUCCGCGACUGCCAAUCUGGCUGAGAACGUCAAAGAGCACGCGUUCUCUAGUGUUGUAGAUGAAUACAUGCAGGACCAGCUGAUCCUCCCGAUGGCUCUCGCAACGGGCAAGACGACUCUUGAGACUGGCUUUCUGACGGAACACACAUCGUGUGCAAUGCUUAUGAUGUAGAAAUUGAGACGAUGUUGAUUAAAGAACUCGUCCUAUUUUUUUCAAUACUUCUUCCUGACAUCCAUCUCCUUAGAAGCCUACCUGACAUCAACCUACAUUCUAAUCCAAGCGUCUGCGAGGCUCUUCUGCCUUGUAAAUUCGAAUGCAAGAAGGAGGAAACGUCCUCGAGAGCCAUCACUUGCGAGGGUGCGGGAUUCUUUUGUUAAGGAAAGGGGUCCUCUUUACCUCUUACUUCUAGUAAAACUGCUGGUAAUUCUUUUUGUUCUUUCCGGUAAAGUACUGCAGCUGCGGCUUACAUUUCGCUGGUCCUCUUACUUCUAGUAAAAGUGCUGGCAAUUAUUCUUUUUGUUCUUACUGCAUUGGCUUACAUUUGUUUCGCUGGUAAUAUCCUACUAUUUUUUACAUGACCUAUUGUCGCUACAGCACUGCUGGAUGAAUAUGAAAUUCAAGAAAGACCUCUUCAUCUAUCUCUAAUCCUGUCGAGAAACGAAACUUCACUACAAGAGCAACUCACCUUCACCUACAAGAUCAACGACCGAUAAUUUGCAUGCUGCUUUGUGUAGGGACUUAGACCACAUUGAGUCGCAGAUUGAGGACUCUACUAUUGAGAUUUUAGAGAUGUACUGCUACGGGGACGAAAGUAGGGGUGGUCGUGGUGACAAUGGUGCCUAUGCGUAUGCCCCUUAUGAUAUCCUUCUGCGGAUACGGGGAACAAAGCGGUCCACUGGUUUGGACGCUCUUUUGAGAGAAAUGUUUGAGUUUUAUGGCCUAGCCACAUCAUUAUAGGAACAUACAUUUACAUGCGGGGGAAGAAGAAGAUGACUUCUGUUGUGGUACUAUGUGUCAAGAUAAAGAAGAAGAUGACUUCUGUUGUGGUAAGUACUAUGUGCUGUCAAGAUCAUAUGCUCAUGUUGUACGAGAGUCCCUGACUCUUUUUCGCUUUUAU